AUGAGCGAAGCUGCUGCAAAGAAGAGGGAAAAACAAGAGGAUGCUUUAGCCAAGCAAAAAAUCAAAGAUCAAAUUGCGGCUGACAAGGAAAACCGACGACUCAAAGCAGAGCGAGAGAAGGCCGAGCGGGCGGGUCAAGCACCUCCUCCUACCCCGGCUGCCACACCAGUGGUAGCACAAGUCGGGAGCAAGCCAGCCUCUUCAUACAAAGAAACCCGAAUGAGACUUCAAACGCCAGGCGGUACCAUAACGAAAAUUUUCCCCGUUGAAACCACACUCUUCGAGGUCGCUGCGGCUGUCAAGCAAGAAGCGGGUGGGUUUGAGGCGUCGAGCUUCACGCAGAAUUUUCCGAAGAAAACCCCCGGCUUCGGAAGAAGUUUAAUCCGCUCACGUGUUCUCGCGCCGCGAGUUUACAAAGUGCCAAAGCGUUUGCACUACUUGCAACUCGCUGUUUCCCAACCGGCCAGACCUCUAAGAGUUAUGCCUGCGCAAGGUGAGCAGCACCAGAGUGCCUCGAAACCCAAUCCGUUUGAAGAGAGCAAGCCCCAUGUUUCCGAGUACACGGCUUCCGAGAUCGCGACAUUGUCAAGUCGAUUGGAGAAGCAGCUUGGCCCUGAAUACAUCUCUUCCAGACCGGGCGCUGGUGGGGCAAAGGUGCACUAUCUAGCAGCAGAUAAAUGCAUCAACCUUGCCAAUCAAGCCCUCGGUUUCAAUGGCUGGUCGAGUUCUAUCCAACAGAUACAGAUCGAUUUUGUAGACGAAAAUCAAUCAACCGGGAGGGAUAUUGGGUAUGGACACAUCGAGAAUUGCAAGGGUAAAGCUCCUGCCUUCGAGAAAGCAAAGAAAGAAGGAACCACGGAUGGAUUGAAAAGGGCUCUACGGAAUUUUGGUAAUCUCUUGGGCAAUUGCGUCUAUGAUAAAGAUUUCGUUGCCCGAGUCACGAAACUCAAGGCUGCUCCGACAAAAUGGGACCCUGAGAAUCUUCACCGACAUCAAGCCUUCAGCUCGAUAAAAAGAGAAUAUGCAACAGACGACCAACACCCCCAGCUCAAUCUCCCAAAUCGCAGACCUGAACCAUCUUUGGUACGGCAAGAGUCACGGGAAGACGAAUUUGGGAGUGAUGACUUUGACGAGGUCGACUUUGCUGUUCCCGAAGGCGAUGAUCCUGAUGGUGUAGCGCUAGACCAAAACCUGCAGUCCGAGCAUUUCCAGCCAAAGAAUGAUCUGUCCUCGAAGCGGUCAGCACAAGCAAAUAGAAUGCGGCCUCCGUCCCCUCUCGCUUCAAAACAAGGAGCAGUUCCAGGAGCAGAAUUGCCUACUACCGGUCAAGUCUUAUUCAAUCGCCCAAAUACUACACCGCGGCCUGUCUCAAACACUCAUGCGCCUUUAGUUGGAAACAGCGCUACAGCACAACUCCCGCCUCUUCACCUAAGCAAUGAAAAUAUGAGCAACUCGAAAUCUUCCGACUCCUCUUCUCAUGAAGCACCUAUAGGAUUCUACACAGCUCGAGCAGCGGAAUCUCUGCAGAACGCCCCGGGUCCCUUGCAACAGAAAGUGCCGGCAUUUAACCCACAUCUAGAGAGCCCAUCGAUUCGAAAGACCGCCGGCGUGGAUCAUUCACAGACAAAGCCAGUCAGCCGGAACAUUGAUGGAGCCCCUGUCCCCAAUGUUCCACCAAUCCGUGGCCUUAACGUCCCUAAUCAACAGGCGGACAAAGCUCGGAGAGUCGGGAUGCCAACUCUAGCCAGCCCGUUACAAAAUCGUGGCUCCUACAAGCCACCGCAGAUGAAGCGGCCAGCCGAAGGUGAUGGCGGUAACAGGUGUGCUCUGGGCGAUGUGACGGAGUUGUCAGUUAACAUGCCUGUUGUGAAUAGUAACGGGGACAUCAAGCGGCCUAGGUUAGGGGCAAGAAGUCCGGAUAUAGUAACAGUGGACUCGAACUCGUAA